AUGGACAAGAUUUAUGUAGACCCUAACAUGGAAAAUGAUAAUACAGAGCACAUCAGAGGGAAGCGACUGUCCUCUAUUUUAAAGGCUCCGCGAAAUCCUCUUGAUGAUCUGGGAAAUGGGAAUGAAUUGACGCAGGAUACGCAGACGAUUAGCAACAAGACUAGCCUGAACUUAAGAAGUCAGGCCUGUCAGUCACAGAGUGUGAAGCAGAUGCGAGGAAUGAUGUACCGCUUAAUCAGGAUGAACACUUUGCUUCACGCCCCUAUCCAGGCAUUGGUGCAGCAGACCGAGUGGCAUGAUGCAGACAACGCCAUUCAAAGAACAAAUAGGCAUGACGCCACCCUCAUCUUCUCAGAUGAAAAUGAAAUGGAUAUGACAGCUAGUCACACCGCAGUGAUUGCACGUAACCUGAAAGACAAUCAAGCUGACCAAACUGAGAAGAUAGAUACCAUGUCGUUUCUGAAGGAAGAUGCUACUGCUGUAAAAAAAAUAAAUUUCAAUGAAUUUUUGAUGAGCUUGAAGUCAAACAAAAAGGCACUCAAUCCUGCUGAGGGAUCUGAAGCAGAGAAUGUUUUUUUUGUCCCUUCACAAGUCUCAAAAGACGUGCCACAAUCGUCGGUAGAAUCUGUAUAUUCCCAUGAACCACUGGACACCUGCAAUGUAACAAAAGUCUUUAAAGGGCCAGAAGAUGGAAUGGAAAUGACAAAAUGCCAGGCAUCUGAUGUUAAAGCGACGUUUUCUGGCAUUUGUGAAGCUCCACCAGAGCAAUUACUGUGUGCGGAUGUUACUGAGGCAUUCGUAGACGAUGGAAUGGAUAUGACAAUUAGUCACACCGCUAAAGUGUCUUUUCCCUUCUCCAGUAGAGUUGUUAUAUCCCAGCCUUUGGAAAAAAACCUGCUAAACGCUUCAGUUUCCUGCACAAAUGACAAAAUGGGCAUGUUUUCCGAUGAUCAAAACAUGGACGUAACCAAAACUCACCCUGCUGCCUUUGAUGUUGCUCCUAUUAAUACAGCACAAGAAUGCGAGAGUAAUCAUAAUCACAAUAAUGUAAUGUCAAAGCAGCUGCAAAACCAGACCUUCCAGUUUUCAGAAAAGUCUGUUGUGUUUCCAUCUGGUGAAAACAUGGACUUGACCGGAAACUAUGCGGUAACCGUUCCUGAUCACAUCAAUCCUGUUUUAUCAGAAAGAACAGCAGUACCUGGAUACCUUGUUCAAGAUGAAAAUAAAGUAAUGUCCUUAAGACAAGGAGUCAUGAGGACAUUAAAUAGUGAGAAAACGACCAUAUUUUCAGAAGAUGCUGAUAUGGACCUCACCAGAAGUCAUACAGUUUCAGCAAACAAAAUAAUUUUGCAGUGUAAAAGUUCAAAUGAUGACAUAUCCUUUAUUUCUGGAGAUAAAACUUGUGUUUUUACCUACAAUGAUGACAUGGAAAUAAAUGCAAAUUCAGGCAUGGCACUUAAGGAUAAAUAUCAGCGAAUAAAUGUCCCUCUAGGUAUCUUCCAGCCUAAAUUACCGAACAGAAGAAAUCCUUCUGCUUCUAGUGUGCAAGACAUAAAUGCAACAUCUUCAGGCAAAGGAGAAGCACCAGUUUCAGCAGUAAGCGUAAAUGCUGGUGAAACUCCAGGUAACAAGUCUCAUAGGCAGAGCUUCAGCCCUUCUCAAUUUAUAGCGGAAGAAUUUCUUCCUGUCUGCCUAGAAGAGAUGGAUUCAAAUGAAUCUGCAAGCUCUGAACUCGUGGGAAAUGAGAUGAGCAAAAAACAAACCUCCCACAAUGAAAAGAACCAAUUUGAAGAGACAAAAACUUGCAAUAACACAAAAAGAGCUUUGGAACAAGGUGAGGAGGAUGUUCAAAGUCCAAAGAAACUCAAGAGGGGUGAAACCUUGGAUGGUGACGCUUCCCAAGACUUGCAGGUGAGCCUGAUCUCUCAUGUUCAGCGAAGCAGUCAGAUGGAGUCUCAGCUUCUUACAGAUAGCAUUUGUGAAGAUAACUUACGGGAGAAAUUUGAGAAGGGUGUUAUCACAGUUGGGGAGUUUUUAACGCUUCUCCAAGUCCAUGUUCCGAUUCAGAAGCCCCGUCAUAGCCACCUUCCAGCCAAUUGUGCAGUCAGUGCACCACCUACUCCAGAAGAGCUCCUUUACAGCCAAUAUAUUUAUCUCCCCAAGCUGCGUAUUUAUGAAGAAGAUUGCCAGGCCCUUUCUCAGAAGAUAGACGAGUUAAAACCGUACGUCAAUGUCCAGGAUCAGCUCCUGGUGAAUGUGAACAGGAGUUUGUGGGAAGUCAUGAGAACCUGCUCUGAUGAAGAGCUGAAGAACUUUGGAGCAGAACUGAACAAAAUGAAAUCCUGUUUCAUCAAGGAGAGUAAAAUCUUGGCUCACAAUGAGAAAGUGACGUUGUACACCAAAUUGCUGCAGAGUGCACAGGAGCAACAGGGAAAGCUGCAGUCAAGAAUAGAAGAGGUGGAUGAAUUGCUCAAGGAGGCAGAGCGCUGUCUUGUUGCCCUAGAAGCAGAUUCUGACUCGGAUGACUUGGAAGCAGACGGCAGUGAUGGAAUGGCAGAAGGCAAAAACCUAAAGAAAGAAUUGAAAAGCCUCAAAGCCGAAGAAGAGGCACUUCAAAGAGAACUGUCAGAACUGGAGACUGAGAAUGAGCAAAUGCUUGCUCAGAUGAACCAGCUACAGGAAAAAGAAAAAAGCUGCCGGGAACUCCUGGAGACAUACGACUUCACUGAGUGGGAGAUUACUGAGUGGAGCGAACAGCAGGCAGUCUUUAGUUUUCUCUACGAUUCUAUUGAACUCAUCAUUGUGUUUGGACCCCCAAUAGAUGGUGAUGAUUUCGGUGAAGAUCCUUCCAGAAAGAUAGUUAGCCUGAACUUUGAAUCUCUCUUGGAUGAGGAAGAAGCUCCACCCUCCUCAUGUUUAGUCCAAAGACUCAUCUUCCAGUUCAUUGAAAGUCGGGGAUGCUGGCAGGAACAGUGUCCCACACUGUGCUACUUGCCCCAGGUUCUUCAAGAUGUCUCUUUGGUGGUGAGUCAUUGCAAGAUCUUAGGAGACGAGAUUGAAUUUCUGGAGAGAUGGGGUGGAAAAUUUAAUCUUCUGAAGACAGAGAUCAGUGACACAAAAGUGAAGCUUUUGUUCUCCGCUUCCCCAGCUUUUGCCAAGUUUGAGUUGACCCUGUCUCUAUCUGCCAACUACCCGUCUGCUCCGCUGCCUUUUACUGUCCAAAAAAAAAUUGGGAAUAUUGGGGAGAAGGAGGUUUCUGCCGUUCUCUCCAGUGUACCGGUAGGUUACCACUAUCUGCAGAGAAUAGUCAGCUCCAUUCAUCAAAAUUUGCUCCAGGAUCCCAGAUGA